UAAAAAUAUUUUUUCCAAAUUAUGGAAUUAUUUUUAACACAUAUAUAUUUGUUCGUUGAAAUAUUUAGAUCUGUCUAUCCGCGCGAAAAUGUAUCUUUCCUUGAAGUCAGUUCAAAAUAAAUGCACAAAAGAUUGUUAAAAACAACUAACUUCAAAAACUAGAAUAACUUUUUCGUCAACUUUCCUCUCAUAACUUCAAAUUGAAGAUAUAAAUCAGUCCUCGAUAUGGUAAUUUUACAUGAUGAAGAGUAUUAUAAAAGUCGAAUACCGCAACCCGAUUUAGGACCUCUUCGAAACUUUCUGCGGUUUAUUUGGGAUAAUAAUCGAAAGACAUUUCUUGACAGAACAGCGAAAGAAUGGGGUCAACUAGGAAUAUUUUAUUUGUUCUUCUUUGCCGUUUUGGGAUCAAUAUUCGCAAUACAAAUGAAGAUCAGUAUAGAUUAUGUUUCUAAACUAGAUAGACCAUUUUUUCAAUACUCUGGUCAAAUUACACAAUCUAUUUCCGCAAGGAGCGUACGUCUUUCCCGUUCUGCUUUUGGUAGUCCAGGAAUAGUUUUUAAACCAAACAGCAUAUCAGCUGUAUCACCCAUUAUUGCCGUGAGCAAUUUGCUUAGCAGCACCAGACCGGACAGAUAUAUUCGAGCCUUGUCUGAUUUUUUACAAGAAUAUCAUAAGAAUAUGUCGGACUACGACUUAUAUUGUCAGAAUAAACAUGCGAAGACAAAUCAUAAUAAAAAACCUUGCUUUUUUGAUAUAAAAUCUCUUGGAAUAUGUAGCAAGCCUCCAUACGGAUAUACAAAACCGUUCCAACCUUGUGUUCUUAUUAAAUUUAAUAAAAGGUUCGAUUGGAUACCUGAAUAUUAUAAUAAUUCUUCGAAUCUGCCAGAUCAUAUGCCAGAUAAAUUGAAGAAAGCAGUACGGGAAUCUACAAAGCCUUACAUUUGGUUAUCAUGCGAUGGAGCAAAUAACGUUGAUAAAGAACACAUCGGAGAAAUAGAAUACAUUCCAAAUCCUGCAUUUCCAGUCCAAUAUUUUCCGUUUACCGGACAACCAGGUUAUCUCUCCCCUAUUGUUGCAUUAAAAUUUAGAAAUUUAACACGAAAUAGACUAGUGACAGUGGAAUGUUAUUUAUGGGCUUAUAAUAUCGAACAAUAUCACCGUUAUUCAUUAGAUUUUCAAAUAAUGACAGGUAAAACAAGAGAGAAAACUUAUUGGCAAUUUACUAUUUCUAAUAAUUCGUUUGUUUAA